CUAUGAGAGUAGCAUCUACGGCCAAGAAAGCUAGCUAGUUAAAAUGCAGUAUUCGUUUGGAGUCUGGGUGGAGGAAGAACGUAACUAAACAAGUGAAGGUGUGCGUGUUAUUAAUCACACGGAGGAAUAAGAUGUUGAAGAACUGGGGCGUGAUAGGAGGCAUAGCUGCUGCCAUGGCAGCGGGAGUCUACGUGCUCUGGGGUCCCAUCACAGACAAGAAGAGGAAGAGAGGCAUGGUUCCUGGUCUCCUGAACCUGGGAAACACGUGCUUCAUGAACUCGCUGCUGCAGGGACUGGCGGCUUGUCCGUCCUUCGUAAAGUGGCUGGAAGAUUUUGUGAACCAGCGCACCGUCAGCACAUCUGAGCCAGAGAGGGACAGUCACUUAUCUAAAACUCUCCUACAGCUGCUUAAGGCGCUGUCCGACCACGAGCCCCUGGAGGACGAUGUCCUGGACGCAGGGUGCCUGUUAGAAGCGCUUCGUCUCCACAGAUGGCACAUUAGCUCCUUUGAGGAGCAGGAUGCUCACGAACUGUUUCACGUCCUCACUUCUUCCCUGGAGGAGGAGCGCGACCGGCAGCCCAAAGUCAUUCACCUGUUCGACAUGGAGACGCUGGAGAAGUCUGCGGAAAGCAAUGACAAAACCAUCAGCUGCAGGAGUCGAGGGCCGCUGCACCCCGUGCCCUGCCCGUGGAGGACACAGCACUCCUUCCACGGACGCCUCACCAGCUACAUGGCAUGCAAGCGCUGCGAGCGGCAGAGUCCAGUGCGAUAUGACUCGUUUGACAGCCUCUCAUUGUCCAUUCCAGCUGUUCAGUGGGGUCGGCCAGUCACCCUGGAUCACUGCCUUCAGCACUUCAUCUCCUCUGAGACCAUCAAAGAGGUGGAGUGUGAGAACUGUACCAAGAAACAGACUGGGGACCUGGUGAAAGGUCAGCUUCUCGAGAGCCAGAGGACAACUUUCAUUAAACAGCUGAAGCUCGGGAAGCUUCCCCAGUGUUUGUGCAUCCACCUGCAGAGGCUGACCUGGUCCCCAGAGGGGGCCCCUAUAAAAAGGCAGGAACAUGUUCAGUUCUCUGAGUACCUGAGCAUGGACUGCUACAAGCACUACAGCGUGGCCCAGGGCCUACAGAAGACCGGCAGGUCCAAUAAACCCAGCUGCACCGACACAGCAGGGGAAAUGCAUGGUCAGGCCAUGUCUAAUGGCAUUGAUCCGGAGCACCACCACCACCACCACAACAACAAUAUGCCCCUUGCAAACGGGGCUUUCUCCUCCACCUUCGUCCGCUCCCCAGGACUGUGCCCUGAGCUUCACCUUGCCUACAACUGCCGGUCUCCGGAGUUCCUGUUCCGGUUGACAGCCGUGCUUGUGCACCACGGCGACACGCACUCGGGCCACUUCGUCACGUACCGCCGUGGCCCCUCCCCCUCGCGAGUCCCCUUCAGUGCCCAGUGGCUGUGGGUGUCGGACGACGCAGUGCGCAAGGCCAGCCUGCAGGAGGCGCUUUCCUCCAGCGCGUACCUGCUGUUCUAUGAGCGCGUGCCGAGCCGCCCCAUCCCGCGUGCCGAAGAGUAGCCACAGAUGCGGCCGGCGCCUCCCCUCCUGGGAUCGGAAGUGCCCCCUACCACUUCCCGUGCCCCCCGGUCCAGUAUGUCCAACCAACACAAGCACAGCCCUGCUACCCUGUGGUCUGUCUCCGGGCACGCAAGAACUUACUGAAAGGAAGCGAGUCGGCCACUUGCAUCUAGAGGUAGUGUUAAAAGGCUGUGUGACCUCGUGCACCAGAUGAGCAUGGCUGCACUAUAAAGCAGAGCUUUGUCUCUGCAUUGCACAACAGAAAAGGUCUUGGUCACCUUCUCCUCGUUGCCCAAGUCCCCAGCGUUCCUCAGAGUGUGUCACAAGAACCUAGCACGAUCGAUCAGAGCAGAAAAGCCAUUAGAAACAGUAGAAAGAGCAUGACUUUGAACACAGACAUCCAAUUGUUUGCCCCAUCCCUGAAAUUGUAUUUAUCAAGGGGGCAGCACUCAUCCUGGAAAGUCUGAUAAUAAUGGAACCACAGCUACAUGGAUGCAGUUCCAGUCCCGGAGGUCUGGGUCCUGGUAGAAUGCAGUUCCGUCCCAACGCACCUCGUCACUUUAAGCAAGGUGUGCAUGAGCAUGUGAUUGCAGAGGCUAGGUGUGUUGGACGUGAGCUCUGAAGGGCAGCGGGUAUCCGGGACCGGGGUCGGGCAUCACCGAGCAAGUCGUCGCACCCCAGUGCUUGCGGGACACCAUGCCCGUGACUCGGUGGCAUGUGUUUCCAUGCAUGGGUAGCUGUGAUUGUUGCUAGGCGCUUGCUGGUUUCCCCCCCCCCCUCACUGAUGGUGGUACUGUGCCAAUGUUGGUAGCUUUUCCCCAUUUCCACAGAGAUAUGACCAAAAAUCUUUGGUAGUCAUGUCGGGCUGUUUGGUUAAUGCUAAUGUUACUGGUUUUUUUUGUACAGUUGUCUGACAAAAUGGUGUCAUGAUCCUGUAACAGAACUGUGGAGGGUGAUGGUUAUUUCCCAGCGUAGUAGCAAAUAACUGUGUAUGUGUGUGAGAGAGAGAGAGUUGGUAUAAGUAAGAUGGUGUGUAUGUGUUUGAAUGUCUGUAUGAAUGUCUUCCCUGUGCCAAUUUCAAGUCUGGAUAUACCUUCAACAAAGCUAAUUACCCAACAGGAAACUAGUGGAAGUCCUUGGUAGUGGUCUAAUUUUCAAACCUCUAGGGCGGCUGUGAAGUACAUGAAAAACAAAUGCAUGUCUUUGGUAACUGAUCCGUCAAGUGGUCGUAUAGACCAAAAAAAAAUGUAUGGCCACUGCCUAGUGCGCGCAUGUGUAGUAAAUGAAGAGGAAACAAGAUAAGCUUGAUUAAUGUGUGAUUUUGUAUGUUAAGCAAUUUGCACUGAGAAAUAUUUUUACGAAACGAUGCUAAAUAAAUUUCUGUAACUGAUAA